UAAUGAUAAUAAUAAGGAAUAGGUAUGCAAAGUUUCAAAAGGAUCUGUUAAGAAUUGCAGCCUGUAGGCGAUUCACAGACACAAAAAUUGGACGUGGCUCUCUCUCUCCCAAGGGGUCAGGCAGGCACCAAAAAUAAUCUAGGUCAUUCUUAGGUUAUAAGGAUUAAUCAAUGUCAUUGGUUGACUUGGGUAAGCGGCUGCUAGAUGCAGCCAAAAAAGGUGACACAGAUGCUGUCAGAGCGUUGAUGUCCAAUGGAGCCCCAUUCACUACAGACUGGCUUGGCACAUCACCUCUCCAUUUUGCCACACAAUGUGGUCAUCAGCAUACAGUAGAGGUAUUGUUAAGAGCUGGAAUUAGUCGUGAUGCUAGAACUAAAGUUGAUAGAACACCUCUUCAUGUAGCAGCUCAGGAAGGACAUGUUGGCAUAGUGGAAUUGUUAUUACAAAAUGCAGCAGAUAUUGACGCAAAGGACAUGUUGAAAAUGACACCUCUUCAUUGGGCAACAGAAAAAGGUCAUGUGCAGAUUAUAGAAGUAUUAUUAAAACAUGGUGCUGACAUAAAUUGUGCAAAUAAGUUUGAUAGAACACCUUUAGACAUAGCGAUAGCUAAUGGUAGAUUGGACUUGGCACAAAUGUUGAGAAAUGGACAGUUAACUUUACCAUCACUUCCAAAUGCUGAUGGUGAAAUAGUUACUAUAGAAACAACAGAAGCUACAGAAAUUGUUUCAACGUCAGAGCAACUUGAAGGUGACCAUUCUUCUGAUCUACCUAUUUUACCAGUCACACUCGUUCAAAAUACAGCACCAUCAAUAAAAACAGAGAAAUUUGAUAGUGUAAAUGGUACAUGUGAGACUGAUCAAAGCAGUACAUCAGUUUUAGCUACACUGGCAGCAUUAGCGGAAGCAUCAGGUCCAAUCAACUCACAGAAUGUGAGUAGUGCUGAAACAAUGAAUUGGUUAGAAAGUCAUGGUAUAACUAUGAUAUCUACAGCUGAUGGUAGUAUUAUAACAUCUGCUGUCGAUAGCGGACAAACAAUAACACUUACAGAAGCAGGAAAAAUAGCAUUAGAUAUAAUUCAGCAGCAAGAAUUAGUGGGUGAAACAGUUGAAGAAACAGAAGUAACUGAAGGUGUAGAUAACUCUAAUAUAGAAACGUUAACAGUACAAGAUGGUGAUUCACAAAAAGUUAUAACUAUAGUAGCUAAUACUCAGGAUAGUACAGAGAAUGAAGAAACAUUAGCUGUUGUGGAUACUGAAACUCUGCAGAAUGUUACACUCAUAACACAACCAGAAGAUAAUAGUGAUGAACCUGUAUGUAAAAAGAUUAAAAUAGAAGAUAAUGUUAUAGAAGAUUUAUCGACAGAACAAAUACUACAAGAAGAAGAUGAUGAUGGUACUGAACAACUUGUUUUACAUUUAGAAGAAACAGGUGGUGCUGAGACUAUAACAACUGAAGAUACAACUACAGAAACUACAACAACAGAAAUUACAGUAGAAGAUACAGAACAGAAAGAGGGAGUGGAGGAUAACCAUGAUGAUUUAAAACGACAGUUAGAAGAGGUACAAAAACAAGCCAAGGCUUUCCAGGAAAAGCUGAGAGAAAAGGAGGAAGAAGCUGAGACCUACAAAAAGCAGUUGAGUGAAAAAAAGAAAAGUGAAUAGUGUGCCGACAGCUGAUUAUGAAUUGUUAUUAGACUAUUUAAUAAACCUGUAAAUAUAUCAUAGUCAUUACUUCAUCAUGUCUCUACUAAUUUUACAGCAAAUUUGUGUACUGAUUCCACAACAAAGAUUUAUAUACAACUGAAAACCAUCUCUUAUAAUUAUAAGAGGAUCAGACAGUGGCAGCUUAUUGUGUUUACAAAAUGUCUGAUGAAUUUCUUACAUUGGUUAAGUAUUGAUGUUAAAGAUUAUGAGUAAAGUCAAUAUUAUUAUAGCUUGCUAAUUGUUGCAUGUGUGCUAACUCCACUAUGGAAGUUUUCCAACAACCAACCCAUUUAAAACAGAUCACCUUAGAUUUCCCAAACAAGUUUUCCUACUAAUCUGUGAGCAGGCACAUAAGCAAAAUGCAAAAACCUUAUUAUUGAGUUUAAUAAUAUAUUAAGUUUAUUGAUGUAUUUAAAUUCACCUCAAUGAUGUUAUUUCACAAGUCUUCUUAUUUUUUAUACGUCCAAUUUGUUUGUGGACACUCUACAGGUCACAAUUUUUAUCCAAUUUUGACGAAACUUGAAAUAUAGGUCUAUUUCCCAAAGAUCUCAGUUCCUUUCGAUAUUGACAUGUAUCGGACCAUAACUUCAUGGAUUAUGGCCCCUGAUUUUACGGAAAAUCACGUUUUUAGCUUGUGGACACUCUAGAGAUCACAAUUUUGAUCCGAUUUUGAUGAAACUUGAAAUGCAUGUUUAUAACCCAAAGAUCUUGGUUCCUUUCGAUAUUCGCGCAUAUCAGAUCGUAACUUCCUGGAUUAUGGCUGUUGAUUGUACAAAAAAAUGCGUUUUGAGCUUGUGGUCCCUAUAGAGGUCACAAUUUUUAUCCGAUUUAAAAAAGUUUUAGUAUAUCACCAUUACACACUAAUGAUGGUUGAGUUCUAAUUUCGUUAAAAUCGGACCAAAACUGACGGAUGAAAUGGCCGCCCCCUGUACGCAAAUAAUGUCAAAUAUGGUAUAUCAAGGUUGUGGACCCUCUAGAGGCCAGUUUUUAUCCGAUUUGGAUGAAAAUUUAAAUAUAUGUUUUUAUCAUAAAGAUCUUGGUUACUUUUGAUAAUCACACAUAUCCGAACUUAACUUCCUGGAUUAUGGCCCCUAAUUAGUCGUGGAUUCUCUAGAGGUCACAAUUUUUUUUCCGAUUUUAAAAACCAUUUAGAUAUAUCACCAUUACACCAUAAUGAAGGUUGAAUUCGAAUUUCGGGAAAAUCGAAAUGAAACUGCCCGCCAAAAUGGCUGCUCUUUGUACGCGAAUUGUGUAUAAGUAUGUAAUUCAAAGGUUAUGGACCCUCUAGAGGUCACAAUUUUUAUCCAAUUUUGAUGAAACUUAAAACAUAUCUUUAUAUUCCAAAAAUCUCAGUCUCUUUUGAUAUUUGCACAUUUCAGACCAUAACUUUCUGGAUUAUGGCCCCUGAUUGUACAAAAAAUCGUUUUUGUUUUUAGCUUGUUCUCUAUCCAUCUCUUGCGAAAUGUGGGCGUAUCCUGCCUGGCAGCCGCUGGUUGCAAUAUAUGUAGACUUAUAAAAUUCUAUUUACAAUAACUAUUUUAUAGAGAUAGUUAAUUAAAAAUAAAUUUGACUGGGCAAUAAUUGUGAAGUGGUUUCAACUCAGUGAAACAUUCCCACAGAUCUCGUACAGUCCAUAUUUGAUAAUCGUUGCUACAGACAGUCGAAUAUGGUUUCACCUAUUUUGAGUGAUCAUGUGAUGCACAUGAAUCAGCCAUUUGGAGUGGUUAUGUGAUGUGCAUGGAUCAUAAAAAGGUGGGGUGUAUGAUUGCUGGAAUCAAGUAGGCCUACAUGUAACUUAGCAUUCUUAUCACAGUACUAGUAUGCUGUUUGUUAUAAUGUACAGAAUAUGGAUUGAUUAGAGUAUUUCUAACAUUAAAUAUUAAUUGCAUCAAUGUUUAUACUAAUCAUACUGCAACAAAAUUGAGAAGUUAUCAAUUCUUAAUGCUGAACGGAGUUACAAAAGUAAUGUGUCUAAAUAUCUGAGUGAUAUGAUAUUCCUUUUAGCAUUUUAACUCUAUUUUACAUUUGUAUUCAGAAAUUCAGUAUUUCUCAUCUCAUAUCUAUGAUUUAUAGAUAUAUCCAUAUAGAUUUAAAAUUAAAACCCUUUAUUUUAAUUGUAAAUAACAUAUUUUAAGACAGGUUGUAUGGAUUUCAAUGAAAUUGAUGAGAAGUCAUUUGUACAUAGAAAAGUCAUUUUUAUUUCAUUUUUUAUAAUAAAAACAAUGUAAUUAUUAUAUUUUCAAUGAUGACAUGACAAUCUACAGAAACUGUGACAUCCUACAGUACAGGGAUGAAUGUCCCUCCUACUCAAUAUAGGCCUACCGGUAUUUGUAUUCUUGAGAACAACAUAGUGAUUUGCUUUGGGGCUA